AUGAGUGGGACUCAUAGUUGGAGCUUCAUUGGUCAACUCCUUUACAACCUGGCACUGAAACAAAAAGCUGUCCAAUCUUCAACCAGUGGCACUGUGGGUACUGCUGGUAAGGCAGUUGAUGGAAACAGAGAUGCAAACUAUCAAAGUGGGUCUUGCACACUUACCAAUGCAGAAUCUGAUCCCUGGUGGAGAGUAGACCUGGUAAAUGUGUAUACAAUUGGGACUGUAAUGAUAACCAAUAGACAGGAAUUGGAAAAUGGGCUGGAUGGUGCUGAAAUCUGGAUCGGAAAUUCAAUAACAAUCAGUGACCCUGAAAGCAUCAGGUGUGCUGUCAUCUCUCACAUUCCCAGCGGACAAGCGUUUUAUUUUCCAUGUAACUCUGUGAAGGGACGCUACGUCACUGUGUUUUUACCAGGAAGUGCAAAGGUCCUGAGUCUCUGUGAGGUUGAAGUGUAUUACGGAUACCCAUUACCCAAUGUGGCACUCAAAGGAGAAGCUGCCCAGUCAUCUACACUCUCUGUUGCCACUGCGUCCAAAGCCAUCGAUGGCAGACGGAACUCGUUCUAUAGCAAUGGGUUCUGUAGCCACACGGCUGAAGACGAGACCAACCCCUGGUGGAGGGUGGACCUGCAGCGAAGCUUUACAAUCACUGCUGUAAAAGUCACCAACAGAGGAGACUGCUGUGCUGAAAGACUGGAUGGAGCUGAGAUCAGAAUAGGAAACUCACUGGAGAACAAUGGAAACAAUAAUCCCAGGUGUGCUUCCAUCUCACAUAUCAAAGCGGGUAAAACCUACACAUACCGGUGUGAUGGAGGCAGCAUGGAGGGUCGCUUUGUGAACGUGUUUCUUCCUGGACAGAAGAAAACUCUCACCCUGUGUGAAGUGGAGGUGUAUGCUGCCCCAGCAGGCUUACACAACAUCAAGAAGAUAAAUAUGGAUCAUCCAGCUUAUGUGAAAUUCAACAAAUCCCUCAGAGGAGACGAGUGGUUCUGGAUGUCUGGACAGUCCAUGAAUUUCUUGAAUUGGCCACAGGAUUUUGUUCCAGACUGUUACUCCAGCACCUGUGGGGGCAUGACUAGCACAGAGCACCUCCUGUGGCAGGACCAGCCCUGUGCUGACGAUGGCGUGCAGAGAGUUUAUUUCUCCAGCUUCCAAGGAUCCAACAAGUCCAUAGAAAAAUCGAUGACACUGUAUAAACUGUGA